AUGCUGGGGCUGCUGUGGCUGCUGGCCGGCUCCUUUUUGCUGGGCGCUAUUGUGUCCCUCGCUAUUGCCGCCUACGUCGGCGUACACCUUCUGAGCCGCGUCGAAGAGUCCCAGCUUCAGUCUCGCCAUGCAGCGGCGGAACGGAGCAGGGAGUAUAGCGAAGCCGUAGAGCGGGGCGACGUGCCAUUCGAGCCGCCCCCUCUCGACGCGCAGAUCAACGGCGACCACGCCGAGCUCAUGCGACAGGCCGCGCAGUACACGCCCGGCGUCAACGCGCCACGCACUCGCCCGCCCACCAUGCCCCUCGCGUCCGCCGACCCCUCGUCUCCUUCCACCCCGCACGCCGACAUCGACGGCGAACACGAGGACGGAGAGGAGGAGGGCGGUAGCGGGCAGGUGGGCGGGAUGGGCGGCUGUCUGGUGGCCGGGUGGAUCAGCCUCCAGAUGGCGGGCAAGCGCAAGACGCGCAAGGCCUGCUACGCCUUCGUGCGCGACACCGACCUCUACCACGGCCCGCGCGAGGGAGACGCCCUGGAUGAGUACGAGGUGAUCGGACUCGAUGGGUGCCUGGUGCGCACCAUGGACGAUGAAAAGAACAAGUUGACGUACGCGGUGGAGAUCAGCCACACCAACCGCAAGGUGGCCGACAAGUCCGACUACAUCUACCUCAUCACCCAAUCCGAGACCGUGCAGCUCAGAUGGUACCACUCGCUCCUCAAGAUCUGCGAGCCGUACGAGAGCAUUGCCGAAAAGCCUCAGAGCAGGAGCGGACCGCUGGAAGCGGCUACGAGCCUUAUGUCGCGCAAGGAGCGCAUGAAGAGCGCCUUCCAGGAACUGCGCGGCUACAAGCCCACGGUGACCACGGAGGGCACACACGGGUGGGUGCGCAUCCAGCGGGAGGACGACCCCAAGCAGGUGCAAAAGCGAUUCGCCACGGCCAAAUCCCUGGUCUUCGCCACCUACAACACCGAGAAGAUCUUCGCGGCCAAUGAGAGGUGGGAGGUGGACCUGCGCGGGUGCACUGCCGAGAUCGUCCAGCGGCCCAAGAACGCCGUCAAGCUCUCCCGCAGGGCGAGCGAGCUGACGGCGGGCCUGGACCACAUCUACGUGAUCGCCGACACUGCCGAGUACGCCACGCUCUGGCACAGCGCCCUUUCGGCUGGCGCCCGCUACACUUCGGGGAGCCUCGAGGGCAGCGCUGCGGCGCCUGUCAUCUCUCCGCGCUCGAUGCCGUCGCUGCCCUCGUCAUCGGGGCCGACCUCGUCCUCUGCCUCGGCUGCGUCGUUGUCGUCGUCAUCCAUUCCCUCCACGUCUAGCGAGCCUGUGGUUGGGACGACGGCGACGAACGCCGCGUCGGAGGGCAACGCCUCGGGCCAAUCUGCGGCGGGCUCUACUGCGGUGGGCGAGAGCACGGCCGAGGAAACGGCGAACGAGUUCCUGAAGAUCGAGAGUGCCGAAUGGAUUAAUGCUCUCACCUCGCGCUUCUGGUUUAACUUCAGGAAUUCCGAGGAGCUGGUGGUGGUCAUCAAAACGUUCCUGGAGACCAAGAUGAAGGCCAAGCUCGCCGAAAAGAAGCUCGCCGGCUUCCUGGAGCGGAUUGAUGUGGUGGACCUGAGCCUGGGCGACUUCGUGCCCAAGAUGUCCGGCAUCAAGAUCCUGCCCCAGCGACGCUCCGGUGAAUUGGGCAUCGACCUGGUGCUGGACUACCGGGGCGAGGACAGGCCCGCGUUCGUCAAGUUCACCGGCAACGUGUGGGUCACCCAGAAGACCUGCAUCCCGUUCUGCAUCACCGCCACCCUCCACUCCCUCACCGGUAAGAUGCACAUCCAUUGCGCGCCGUGGCCGGCGGAGCGGUUCUCGGUGAGCUUCUACUCGGUGCCGGUGAUGGACAUCCGACUGGAGAGCGUGGUGGGCGGGGACAAGCGCCAGAUCCGCAACUUCCCCAAGCUCAACAACCUCAUCCUCAACAAGCUCACCAACAUCCUCAUCGAGAAGACCGUCAUGCCCAACCGACGCUACAUCACCAUCCCACGGACCAAGAAGCGUACCACGGGAGCCGUGCCGGAGGCGACGGCCAGCAGCGACGCGAAGGAGCCCACUGCGCCUGGAUCCCCGCCCGUCGUCGAGGAUCGGCGGAAGGCGGUGGUGCAGAGCAUCCUGGAUUCGGAGCGCAGCUUCAUCGACAGCCUGCAGCCCUUCAUCAAGCUCUACAGCGAGGACAUGUUCCUGGAGCUCACGGAGCUGCACGAAAUGUUCGGGCGGGUCAUGGUCAUCUACAACUACCACCACAAGAUCGUCAAGGACCUCGAGGCCAAGCUGGAGAAGUGGGACGGCCUUCCGCCCCUCGAGCGCACCGUCGUCCAGACGGAGUUCGUGGCGAUAGAGAUGGAGUUCUCGUCGCGGGUGGAGAGCUACGUGGCCACCAUCGCCCGCCUGCGCCAGUCCAACCGCCGAUUCGGGGCCUACCUCAACGACCGCGACGCCAGCGGCGAGGACGACCUCAGCGAAAUCCUGCGCAAGCCCGCCCUCCGCUCCUUCCUCUACGCCGCCCUCCUCAAGGAGCUGCUGGGCUGCACGGGUGCCGACCACCCCGAUCGGAAGGCCCUGGAGAGGAUCACCACCAUGCUGCUGCCCCUCGCAGACUCGGCCGCCCACGGCAACGGCGACUCCGCAACGGGCGGCGCUGGCCACAAGACCUCGGGCAAGGAGCCGAUGCUGAAGAAGGGCGGGGAGGUGUCCACCAGCGCACCCGUCCUGCCCGCGCGACCUCGCCAGCUCUCGUCGGCGCCCGCCCCGAUGCCCGUCGUCGAGGUGAUGGGCGGAAAGGCCGCCGACAGGCACAAGCCCCUCCCGCGCCCCAGCAACCCGCUGCCUCCGCCCCCCGCCGCCUCCGCCGGAGCCUCUUCCUCCGCGGCGGCUCCCUCGGCGGCCUUGCCCGCGCCCCCACCAACCAGCGACACUGCGGCGUCGGGACCUUCACCACGCUCGUCGGGGCCGCUGCCUCCUCUCCCGCAGCAGCCCACGGCGCACGUGUCGCCCUUUCCCCACCUGCAGGUGCUGCAGCAGGCGCCGCCCGUGCAGCUGUUCUCCCAGCCCCUGCCCGUCGCACUCCACCACCACGACGACGAUGACAACGACGACGACAAGGAGGGCGGGAGCGCUCGCGCCCUUUCCUCUUCGCCGCCCGCGAAGAAGCCCCUCCCCGAUCUACCGCCGGCCCCGGCCCCGUCGCGUCCUCCGCCGGUGCCCGCCCGCCCCUCCAAGCCCGAGUCGGCGCCGAGCAGCGACCCGUUCCCUCUUCUUGCCGGUGCGCCGCCCGCCGUUCCUCCGCGCCCUGUGUCCGGUGCUUUCCCCGCGAGCGGCCCCCGCAGCUCGGACACCCUGUGA